GUCUCAAAGGAGUCUAAGAGAAGGAAAGAACAGUGUAAAGAUCACUUUAUGAUAUGCCUCUAGCUGUACGCUAUAUAGAGCCAAAGCAUCUCUACCGCCAGCCAUUGCCCAGAGGAGUAAAGAAUGAGUUGCAGGCAGUGGCAACACUUUCUUUAUGUGGAGUCAUACGGCAGCUGGGAAGUUUGGCUAAACAUGCGGAGAGCUUGAUAGGAGACCUCUGUGAGAUAAUGAAGGAUUGCACAGAGAGGGAAAAGCACCUGGAGGAGAGAGUAGAGAAUCUUAAAAGAAAAGUAAUACCCGAGCUUGACCUUGAGAGCGAAGUUGAGAGGAAUACGGAGAUGGUAUUAGACGUUGAACACUUUCAGAGCAAGUCCCAAAUCUCCCAGCAACUCCUCAGCAUUGCCACAGCUCCUGACUCACUCCUGGAGCAGUAUCAAGCAUCAGAGCCCAAACCAGCAUUCCACCUGUUUGCUAAACACACAGAGACUAACCCUAUGCACUUGUACUCGCAGCCAGAGUUCUUUUUCAAUCACUGGAGGAGUGAGAUGGAAAAGAAAGCAUUGUCAACCAAUAGGAGACGCAUUACUAGCACUGGCGAUACAGGAAUGUUCGAGGAAUCAGUUGAAGUCUCUCAAAUGCUGCCUCCUCCAACGAAACAAAACAAGAGAUCAAGCAAAGUCAUUGCCGGACCUCCAAUGAGCUAUAGCUCCACUCUACCUCUUAGGAUAAAACCUAGACGUGGGAACAAAACAAAGCUGGAGAUGAUGGAAGCAUUCUCAUCAGUAAAGAAGAUAAAAAACAAAGAGAGAGCGACAAUCAGCAAAGACACUUUUAUACAACAACAAGACACGAACAAGAGCAAGACACUUCCUUGUACGACGAGCGAAACAAAAGAAGGAGGAGAGAAAGUGAACAACGUGACUGGAGCUAGCAAUAAUAAUUCUCAGCAAGAUCAGAGUGAGUCCUCUGGUUAUAUGAGCCAACACUCUUCAUCUUCAACUUCAUUAGUAGAAGGAGAGGAGUCUACAAAGACGACUGCUACCAACCAGCCUCUUGUUCUCACUCGUAAAAAGUCAUCGUCGUCUCUGAAAGGAGGUUCCCCUAAAAGAAGUGUGGCGACUGGUGACGCUGGAGGGUCCCCAGGUGCCGGUGGUAGGGUGAGCAGUAACGUAUCGCCUGUCAGAAAGGGGAGUGGUCAGCCAAGUGCCACACCUUUUAUCAGCCCUAAAGCAAGUCCUGAAAUAGUCCAUAAAACUGUUAAUCUCGUUCGCUCUCUCUCUCAAACUUCACCACUACACGAGAAGGUGUUCGCUCAAGAUGAGAGCUCGCUGCUCCGUCAGCCAUCAGCAGGAAUAUUCAAUUUCCCUGAUCCGAUCCAGUUCCUGAUCAGCAACCAACACCUCAAUGCGACCAAUAACAGUUUCUCACUGGAAGAUAUAUUAUCUAUUGAUGACGAUGAAGGCGAUGCUUCUCAAGUAGCUCCUCCUACUGACACGCCCACUCAAUUACCAAACGUAUCUUCAGUGAGUUCUUUAAAGGCUCCGCCUACAGAGUCCCCAGUUUCCCGCCGGAGCCUUUCCUUUAACGAGAGUCCAAGAGCUCCUCGUAAGCUCCGCCCAGCUCCGUCUCCUCCGACUGGGACCACACCCGUGAGACGACACUAUUCAAUGUCCAACGGGUAUAACCCUAAAAGAAAUGAUAACAUCUCACGUGACAGUUCAGCCGAAGCCUCGCCCACUUUAUCAAGAAAGUCAAUGAGUCAGAUCAAUGAGUCGCCAGUUCCCAGACGCAAAGCUCCUCCUCCUCCUCCUCCUGCUCUAGUAAAGGCUCCUUCUGAUAAACAGUCCUCAGGACAUAUUGAGAGAGUCCAGUCAUUAUCCAAUGUGGAGGGAGGGGCUAGGUCUGGAGUGCCACGUCCACAGACACGGAAAAUGUCACAUGAAGUUUUACAUUCUCCGACUUCUCCAAAGAAAUCACCACAGUCUCCAAAGAAAUCGCCACAGUCUCCAAAAAAAUCUCCACCUAGCAAUGUCACUGGGGUUGUACAAGACGGUCACCAUGGAAACCGAAAAGGAAGUGAGUCUAAAGGCCGUAGCCAUGGCAACCCACCAAUCGCUAAAAAAGAAGACAAGAAACACGAUGCAGUGACUAAAGAGCAUCGUCAUAGCAACAGCGUAAGCACGCCCCCAGCAGCAACAAACAAGGUCCAAUCUCCGACCAUGCCCAAGCCGGGGUCCGGUAGUCAUGGCAACAAACUGAUCCUACUCAUGAAAAGGCAAUCAAGUGCUGACAAAUUAGGAAACAAGAAAUCAACCAAUCAGAUUCUCCGAGCAUCCGGGAUAGAAACGGGGUUAACGACUGAGAGAAGCAUCCUUCUCUCUUCGAUCAGAAAAGGAAUUCAAUUAAAGAAAGUCCAGCAAAGACAACUGGAGGAAAAGAUACCUUCAGAUCUCAUGCCUUGGGACGUGGCGGCCAUCUUGGAGAGAAGGAAAGCCCUUGAAGGCUCCGAUAAUGAACUGGAUGACGGGCUAGUACAGGAUGCUGAAUGGGAAGAAAUUUAAUGUCACACACACACAACAAGUAUUGAAUAGAGGUAUUUAAUAGAAGGAGACGUUGUUACCACAUGCAACAAAAUUAAUUUGACACACACACAAGCACACACACACACACACAGCAAUUAAUCAUCAUUGUCACUAGCUUGAAGCAUACUGAUUGUAUCAUAGUUAUUCAUUAACAGUGUCAUUUUUGCUCAUUCAUGGAGGAUUGUACUGAGGGACCAACCUAUUAUUAUUAUUAUUGUUGUCGUUGUUGUUACUGUCAAUAUUGAAAUCAUAAUUAUUGUGAUCAAAAUCAUGUCAUCUCAAAUUAAUAUAUUGAUUAUAAUUAUUGUUAUUAUACAGUUCAUUUAUCAAUGUUAUUUAUAAGUACCGUA